GUUUCAGGAUCAGAUCCAGAAGGUGGAGGUGGUGAAGCCUCAGAUCGUCCAUAGGACCGUCCAAAGAAAGAAGCCCAUCAUCCAAGAGAACAUCACGGAAGUGCCGCAGGUGAUCAUCGAGCAUGUGCCUGUGGAGAAGGUGGUCAGAAAGUCGGUGGAGGUGCCGCAGAUCCAAUACGUGGACAAGAUUGUGGAUGUGCCUGUGACCAAGCACCACCACGUCCCAGUGGUCCAGAAGGUGCCGAAGAUUGUGGAGGUGCCAACUCUGGAGUUCGUGGAUUUCCACGUGCAUGUGCCAGUCACCUCGCAUCGGCACGUGCCGGUGGUGCAGACCAUUCAGAAGCACGUGGAAGUGCCGGUAGUGCACUACGAGGAUGAGAUCGUCCAAGUGCCGGUGCAAAAGCAGGUGCACGUGCCGGUGGUCACGAAGGUGCCCAAGACUGUUCCUGUGGAGCAGGUGGAGUACGUGGACCAUCAUGUUCAUGUGCCCAUCCACCGUCACCGACACGUUACGGUGGAGAACCGCAUGCAAAGAACUGUGGAGGUGCCUCAGAUCGAGUACGUGGAUCGGGUGGUGCAGGUGCCCGUGCAAAAGCACGUCCAGGUGCCCCAGGUGGUCACCGUGGACCGCCCAGUGGAGGUGCCGCAGAUCCAGUACAUCGACCGGGACGUGGAGGUGCCGGUGCCAGUGCACCGCCACGUGCCCAUGGUCCAAAAGAUCCCCAAGCACGUGGAGGUGCCGGUGGUGGAAACGGUGGAGAAGGUCAUCGAUGUCCCCGUGGUGAAUCAGGUGGAUGUGCCGCAGAUUCAAACGGUGGAGAAGGUGGUCGAGGCGCCGUCCCCAUCGUGCAGCACGUGCAGAAGGUGGUGGAGAUCCCCGUGGCCGGGGACACCGUGCCCGGCGCGCAGCAGCGCAGCGCCGUGGAUCUGCCGCCCUUGCGCCAGAAGGCCGCGCCCGAGGUGCGGUCGGAGGUGGUGCAAGGCCCGGAUUUGCCCAUGGAGGUGGUGCGGGGCCUGGUGACCUCCCACACGGGCCACGCGGGCAGCGGCACGGGGCACCUCAGCAGCCGCCUGGGGUCCACCCAGCUGCCCCCCGCCUCCAGCAGCGGCAGCUGCAGCCUCACGGCGCCGUUGCAGAGAGCACACAGUCACGUCAGUUAUGGUAGCCAUGCCAGCCACGGUAGCACCAUCGGGGGCGCGCCAAGCGUGUCGUAUCCCCCCGAAAGAUAGCCAGGGG